AUGGCUAGCGUCUGCAGCUAUGUUUCAGACAGGCGGUCCGAUAAGCUCUCAGUGACUGGCGUGCAUGUCAAGAGUGGACGCUCCUCUAGCAGGUACGCCUGCUCCUCCAGCGUACAGCACUCGAUCCAAGACACAAGCAUGGCGCUCUCGUUCUAUCUACUGUUGGCAGCUGUUGUAACAUUCGCCAGCCGAAAACUGGUUCUGGUACUCCAAGAUCCCCUCAGAUCGAUCCCCGGCCCUUUCAUCGCCCGCUUCACAAAGCUUUGGGUCUUCCGCAGGUUCUACGCCGGGCAAUGGCAUGAGGAGGUUCUCCAACUACAUCGUGAGCACGGUAAAGUUGUUCGAUAUGGACCCGGUCAAUACAGCAUCAAUGAUGUCGAUGCAAUCAGGAAGAUUCAUAGCCAUGGCGGUGGCUUCGACAAAGCUUCAUCCUACGAAACCUGGUCUCCGCCCGGCACUACGUCCCUCUUCAAAGAACGUUCUAACCGCUACCAUGGAGAGCUGCGCAAACGAUUUGCCUCGAUGUACUCGAUGACUAGUGUUUUCGCCUACGAGACUGGUGUGUCUGAAUGUGUCGAUCUCCUUUGCAAACAGCUACAGAGCAUGCAAGGACAACGGAUCGACCUGAACUGGUGGCUCGAAUGCUUCACGUUCGACAGCAUUGGCGUAGUCAGCUACGGGAAGCGUUUCGGCUUUCUGGAUUCGGGGGAAGAUGUUGGCAACCUUGCCAAAGCAGUGAUUGGUGCCUUCACUUACGGCAGCUGGAUGGGCUUCUUUCCAGACUUUCAUGCCCUGGGCAUUGCAACCAUGCGCUUCGUUGCUAAGUUGAAGAAGUCUCGAGGUAGCGGCAAGAUGUAUCUCGACAAUUUCACUAGCCAGACCACAGCUCAACGCAGGGCGUACCGAGUAGCAAAUCCGGACUCGAUAGCCUCUCGACAGGCAGCUGAUGGCCCGAGAAGUAUUUUGGACAAGUUUCUAGAUGUCAAUGAGAAAGAUCCGGCUUAUUUCGCAGACGCUCACAUAACAAUGGGCCUUGGUGCCAACGUAACAGCAGGUUCUGAUACGACAAGCUCCACUUCAGCAUGGGCAUUGUUCUACCUCGCGAAGCAUCCCGACUGCAUGCAGAAGCUUCGACAAGAGAUUACAUCUAUCAGCCACGACGCCGCAUCGAUAUCGUUCAGACAGCUGCAGGGUCAAAUGCCGUACCUUAAUGCUGUACUGACCGAGACACUACGACUCUUCCCGCAGACCGGCUUCGGCUUGCCUCGAACCGUGCCUGUUGGCGGUGUAGAAAUUUGCGGCUACCACUUCCCGGAAGGAUCAGUCGUCAGCUUGAAUGCUUGGGCUAUGCACUAUGAUCCGGACAAUUUCGAGGAUCCGGAGCAGUUCAAACCUGAGAGGUGGCUGGUGGAAGAUCAGGAGACCAAGGAGAGGAUGAAUCAGUGCUACUUUCCGUUUGGUCUCGGUAGUCGUACCUGCAUCGGCAAGAACAUUGCUAUGCUGGUGAUGCUUAAGGCAUUGCCACGCCUCGUACAAGAAUUCGAAUAUCAGCUCGCUGGUGACUUGACCGACGGCAGGAACUUGCCCGUUCAGGACAUCUUUCUGCUAAGGGCAACCGACUUCCCUGUCAUAGUCAAGGCAAGAGAAGCAAAAUUGUGA